CCAUUAAAGCUUCUCGACUGUUUCUGAGCCUUACAGGCGGACGUAACUGUUUAAUGACGUGGUGGCCAUUUCCUCCGGGUGGAGAGAAGUGUCUCCCUCCUUAAUGGACCAAAGUCCCCCACACCCAGAGCAACAGGCGGGCAUUCAACAGUGAGGCAGAGGCCAGCAAGUGAAGUGAAUUUCUGCAGCCACAAUGAUGACUUCACUGCUGUUACUUGCUUUGCUGUCCGUCUGCUGGGCUGAUUCUCAAUUUAACCUGAACUCUUCAGAGACAAAAUACUUCAGGACAGUCUACAUUGCAGAUAAAGGAUCACGACUGGGCAUAAAGAUAGAACAGCCUAAAGUUGUCUCAUACCGAGGUAGCAAUGCCACUCUGCCCUGUAAGUUCUAUUACAAACCUGUGCCUGUGCGUGCAGUUCAAACUCCUCUUAAAGUCAGGAUCAAGUGGACCAAACUCACCUCUGAUUACCUCAAGGAAAUUGAUGUAUUUGUUUCAUUGGGAAAUAACUGGAAAAGUUUUGGAAACUACCAGGGAAGAGUUUUUCUAGAAAAUGAGAAUGAUGCCUCCAUAACAAUAACAGAUUUAACAUUGGAGGACUACGGGAACUACAAAUGUGAAAUAAUUGAAGGAUUGGACGAUGUCAGUGGGACUAUUCUGCUGGAUCUGCAAGGUGUUGUGUUCCCAUACUUCCCAAGACUAGGUCGUUACAACCUGAAUUUUGUUGAGGCUCAGAAGGCUUGUGAAGAUCAGGAUGCAAUAGUUGCUUCAUUUGAGCAACUUUAUGAUGCAUGGAGAGCAGGGAUGGAUUGGUGUAAUGCAGGCUGGCUGAGUGAUGGGUCUGUGCAGUAUCCCAUCACUAAACCCAGGGAACCAUGUGGAGGGAGAAAUACGGUUCCAGGUAUUAGAAGCUAUGGAUACAGAGACAAGAUGAAAGACAAAUAUGAUGUGUUCUGUUUCACAUCCUACUACAAAGGGCGGUUCUACUAUCUGAUUCACUUUAGAAAGCUGACCUAUGGUGAGGCUGUGCAAGCCUGUAUUAAAGAUGGAUCAAGGAUUGCUAGUGUUGGUCAAAUGUAUGCAGCUUGGAAGUUGCUGGGCUAUGACCGCUGUGAUGCUGGCUGGCUAGCCGAUGGCAGUGUUCGUUAUCCAAUCAGCAGACCCCGAAAGAGAUUGUGGUCAUCACUGGCUGGGCCUGCAUUUAUUGCCUGUAUCUAUUUGCCUUGGAAAACGUGGUGGUGAGCUGCCUUCUGGAAUUGCUAUUGCUGCAGUACUUGGGAUUCAGGGACAUGCUCAGGGCUGCCAUGUAGAGGGAGGUCCAUCAUUUUGAUACGGGACCCUAUAUGAUAAGCAAUACACUUCCAAGCCAACAUGAUUCUUGAAUUGACAAGAAACUUGCAGGUGAUGGUAUUUCCAUGUAUCUGUUCGUGGUAACCCUUAGGAGUUUGAUAGUCAUGGUAAUGCCAUGAAUGGGAUGGUUGAUUCUCUCUUGUUGAAGAUAGCCAUUGUUUAACACUUGUUUGUCACAAAUGUUACUUGCCACUUAUUGGCAAGAUUGUGCAGAUCUCUUUUAAAAUGUUGGUUUAAUUUCCUUGCUCCUGUUGCAUCUCUCUGCUGGCAAUACCAUGGGUUCACAGUGUGCUUUGUGCAGCACUCACUUUGUCCACAUUGUUAAAGGUUACCAACCUUUAGAGCUGUUCCAUCUAAACAAGCAAUCAUCUGAAAAGCAAACAUUUAUCCAAAAUGUUUUCCGCACCAGUUGCAUAGUAAGUAAAUAUAAUGGGUUCAUUCAUCACGAACAAUAAGAGAAUAAAAACACUAUUUAAUAUUUGUGAUCACCAGAUCACAAAUCCAUUUAUCACAACAAACAAUCACUUUUUGGAAAUCACAACUGGGUAAUCAUAUUCCGUUCAGAGUUUUUUUUUAAUUGGACAUUAGUUAUGAGCAUGAUAUUUAACAAUUUCUAUUCAAUUGCUUUUUUGAUUUUAGAUUGUUGUUUGCUUUUUAGUUUAGAAAUUGUAAAAUGACAAUAGCUUCAUUCAUUGAAAUGUGUCACCACCACUACUCAUUUAUAAUUCAGUUCUAAUGUAAAUGAGAUUUCCAGACUUGAUAAACUACCUAGUCCAGGCCUUACCUGGAGGCCGUAUAGUCUGUUCACCAAUACAGCGAGUUGAAGUAGGAGUGACCAUUGAAUGCAAAUAAGAACUUGGUGUAGGUUGACAUAAUUUUGGAUUCCAUUUAUUUAAUCUGUUGGAAAGACAUUACUGAUUUAAUGGAGGAAUAGAUCAAUUAUCAUUCAGCGAAUAGAGAACCUUGUUCAAUGUCUAAACCAUGGUCCAAACAUUGACGUGGAUUCAUAUGUUUAGAUUCUUUACAUGAAUUGACAACAUUACAGCAAACAACAAUAUCUAAGCUACUUCAAAGAAAAAAGGUAUUUAAUUGUUCAUCAUUGUGAGAUCAGGGUACACUGGUUUAAAUGACUAAGUGUUAGCUGGUGUAGUCCCACUGGGUGAAUUUCUACAUACUGCCACCAUGAUUAUAACUGUGCUAUGAUACUAGGUUUGUCGCUUUUGCAUCUGUUGUGUUCCAAUGGGAUAUAUCAUGUGUGAACUUUUCAUUAGUCAAUGUAAUUUCCUGCUUUUCUGUAAUUAUCUACUAUUUUAUGCUCAUUCUUUUCGUGAUAGAAAGUGCUAAUAUCAAAUGCUGUGAUAUGAUUACAUACAAAGCCGUUCUGACGUUUUUUUAGUUUAUUAGUGGUUCAGGUUAGCGUGAUUAUCCUAAAUGCUGAAUUAAAUUAAUUGAGAGUGUGUUUCCACAAAGAUGAAAAUCAGCUGGACAGUAGCCUUUGCAUGGCAAAAGGGAGGACUGCAGAUGCUGGAAAUCAGAGUCUAGAUUAGAGUAGUGCUGGAAAAGCACAGCAGGAAUGAAUGAUGAAUUAAAUCUGUAUUGCCCAAAACAUCGAUUUUCCUGCUCCUCGGAUGCUGUCUGUCCUGUUGUACUUUUCCAGCACCACUCUAAUCUAGUAGACUUUACAUGGUCAAACCUCAUCAGCGUAACAUCGCCAGAGAUUAAUGAGCACUGAAAGGAGCUCUCCAACUGGGAGAAGACAGGAAAUCUAACAGCUCCUUCGUGAAACCAAGAUAAAGUUAGCAUUUCAAGUAGAUUAGGGGUCAAAAUUCUGGUGGGGACAUAUAAAACAUCAGACUGGAAGAUUUACAAUAGGCCAUAAGGAGCAUGAUGCAGUGAAAGAAAUUGCAAAUGAUCUUUGCAACUAGAGUAAGAUCCAAUUUAAAUA